AUGUCUGGUUUCGUUAAAAUAGCCAUCGAUGAUUACUAUUCAGACAAUAAUUGGACCACCAUCAUCAAUAAAUAUUGGAUGCUGGCUGAAAGAGUGUCUGAUCCCAGAGUGCAAGGAUGGUUCCUUUUCGAUACUCCGAUAGCCACCUUCGCGAUGGUGGUUGCGUAUCUUGCAGCAGUAUUAAUCCUGGUACCUCUGUACAUGGAGAACAGAAAACCCUUCAGCCUCAAGAAGACCCUGAUCUGCUACAAUGCCUUCCAGGUGUUGCUGUCGCUGUACAUGUUUUACGAGCACUUGAUGUCGGGUUGGUGGGGUGACUACAGUCUCACAUGCCAGCCUGUGGACUACAGUGACAGUGAAAAAGCUAGAAGAAUGCUGCAUCUCUGUUGGGUGUACUACUUUUCUAAACUAUCAGAGUUCGCGGACACCAUAUUUUUUGUUCUUCGCAAGAAGAAGAGCCAGAUAACUUGGCUGCACUUGUACCAUCACUCGCUGACGCCGUUCGAAGCCUGGCUCUUAGUUAAAUUCAUUGCAGGUGGUCAUGGAACCUUCUCGAACAUCGUCAAUAAUCUAGUCCACGUGAUCAUGUACGCCUACUAUAUGAUGGCAGCCAUGGGCCCACAGUACCAGAAGUAUUUGUGGUGGAAGAAACACCUCACCACACUUCAGCUAAUCCAGUUCUUCAUGGUUUUGUUCCAUUCAAUCAGUGCUCUUGUGUAUGACUGCGGAUAUCCUAAGAUCAUCGCCAGCGGUUUAAUCCUACAUUCAACGAUAUUCAUAGUACUCUUCACGAAUUUCUACAUGAAAGCCUACAAAGACGGACGCGUUUCACCGAAAAUAGAAUCAUGCAACAACAACAACACUUACAUCAGCAACAGUCACAUCAAGAACAACAGUCAAGACUACACGGAACUGUUGAAACAGAAAGUGCAAUGA